AUGAACACUGAGGAGUCAUUGACUCGGGCGGCAACGUCUGGGGUCGGUGCGUGCCGGGUAGCAUGGGUUACAAUAUCUGCAUCGUUCAAGCAAAAGUAUAAGGAGAAAAAGAUGUAUGAUCCGGGUCGAUUAUCCCGGGGAUCGGAUCCUCGAAAACGCCAUGAUUUAGAGCUUCCACCGCCUCAUCUUAAAGGAGAGAUUGGUAUUGGCCAGGAAGUCGAGACUUGUACCGUAAGAAGCUCAUUAGUGGAUCAUAGCAAGCCGUAA